AUGGGAUUUAUAAGUGAUUCUACUUCCUUGUCGAUUCCUGUCUUUUCCAGGACAACGAAACUUCGUAGGUCGUUACGAUAUCGUGAUUUUCUAUGUAACGAACACAGGAGCAGUGGCUUUCUGCUACAAAAUGAGAGCAAUUACAAUUGGCCAGUAGCAUGCAUGUGGACAGGUGGUGAAAUGAAUGCAACUUGCGGCCUGAUACCACCAACCGAGAAACCGUUCGGAUUUCUUGAACCACGUGAAUGGCAAAAGAAGCUUUUUGUUUGUUUUUAA